UGCUAUGUGAUGCUGUUGUUACUGCCAUUUCAUCAGCGGAUUUUCACAAACAUCUCCAUCUUUAAACAUGAAAUUGCCAUGAAAUUAACCCGUCGACAAGUUGUAAGGACGGCCAUUAGCCAAUUUUACAUCAAACUCGCCAUCACAAUAACAGUUCCCUGUGUAGAAUAAAAUAAUACAAAAGGAUACUAGGACAAGGCCUAUUUGCGUAUCACUGCUUGGGGUAAAACAGUGUUUGACUAGGCCUGCUGGGAUCACUGUUUCAGAGAGCAUCUUCGAUAUACGAGAUUUCUCAAGAUCAUGGGGUUUGCGAUUUCCAGCCGUUGAUCGCUCAUCUAACAAGAUUCUAUGAGAGAUGGAAGCGAUAUGGCUGUACCAGUUUCGACUCAUCGUCAUUGGGGACUCGACAGUAGGAAAGUCGUGCCUGAUCCGGCGAUUCACAGAGGGACGCUUUGCGCAUGUGUCCGACCCCACAGUCGGUGUAGACUUCUUCUCGCGCCUAGUGGAGAUAGAGCCAGGAAAACGCAUUAAACUUCAAAUCUGGGACACAGCCGGACAAGAGCGAUUCAGGUCUAUUACCAGGGCGUAUUACCGUAACUCUGUUGGGGGGCUGCUGCUGUUCGACAUCACCAACCGUCGCUCCUUCCAGAAUGUGCAUGAGUGGCUGGAGGAGGCCCGGAGUCACGUCCAGCCUCACAGCAUCGUCUUUCUGUUGGUGGGCCACAAGUGCGACCUGGAGCCCCAGAGGCAGGUGAGCCAGCAAGAGGCUGAGAAGCUGGCAGGUACCUAUGGUAUGCGCUACGUGGAGACAUCGGCUCGCGACGCCAUCAACGUGGAAAAGGCCUUCACUGAGCUAACGCGGGACAUCUUCGAGCUCGUGAAGAGCGGUGACAUCAACAUCCAGGAGGGCUGGGAGGGGGUGAAGAGUGGCUUGGUGCCCAACGUGGUGCACUCCUCAGAAGAGGUCACCAAGAGCGGCCGCCGGUGCCUCUGCUGAUUAGCCUGUCUGUCUCAUUGGCUUCACUCCUCACAGCCCAUGCAGUCCUGUAACAUUAGGUCCCACUAGCUCCCAAUCUUGUCACAUUAUAGUUCUCUCUCACUCCCAUUCUGACUACUGGAAGGCCAUUUCUGCUCUAGUCUACCACUGAAUAAAACAUGAAUACAGCUACUUUCCACAGUAA